AUGUCGUCUGGAAAAAAGUGUAAGCAUUGUGGAUCAUCGGAAAUAGAAGUAGAUCCUGCUAGAGGUGAUGCUGUUUGUACAAAUUGUGGAUCUGUGCUGGAAGACAGCAUCAUUGUAGCAGACAUUGAAUUUCAAGAAACUACUCAUGGUGGAGCUUCAGUCAUUGGACAGUUUGUGUCCGCUGAAUCCAAAGGAGGAGCAUCUGGAUUUGGCAGGGCCUUUAACUCUGGGGUUGGUCAGGAAUCUAGAGAUGUUACUUUACGCAAAGCAAAGGAUGGCAUCACAGCUCUAUGCCAACAACUGCGUCUCAAUCAACAGUGCAUAGACAUUGCCUGUAAUUUCUUUAAACUGGCUUUAAUGCGACACCUUACUAUAGGACGUCCUGCAGCUCACACACAGGCUGCGUGCGUUUAUAUGAUGUGCAGGACCGAAGGCACAGCCCAUCUAUUGAUUGACAUAAGUGAUGCACUGCAGAUAUGCUGUUAUCAACUAGGCCGUACUUAUUUCAAGCUCUCCAAAGCACUUUGCAUCAACAUUCCACCCACUGAGGUCUCUGGGUUUAACUUGUACUAA